AAGUGCACAUGGCUUUUACAGCUUCCCCAAACCCCUACUAAUCUUUUUUAUUCUCUCGCACCCUCGACCAGUCUUGGAUCUCAAGGGCACACCGGACGAACACAUUCGUGUCGCUGGAUUCUCAAGAAAAAAAUCGCCGGAAAAUUCGACCUCCAAUCGAUCGAUAAGACAUGUCUGUCAGCGUUUCGAUACCGUCGGCAUCCCUCCGACGAGAUAGAGAAGAGGAAACUUAUUCGAAUCCCAGAGCUUACUCAGGUGCCGGGAAAAGGGAAUUGACAGCUGAAAUUGAUGGCGAAAGAUGCUCAUCCAGUAGGACCGCGCCACGAAAUUACAGAUCUUUUAUGAGCACUAUAAAAUGCUUUGGGGUGGACCUGUCCCCAGAUAAUAUAGCAGUUGCGAUGGUAUAUUUUGUCCAAGGAGUCUUAGGCCUUUCUAAACUUGCAGUGAACUUUUACUUAAAAGAUGACCUUCAUCUUGAUCCAGCAGAGACAGCAGUGAUAUCUGGUUUCUCUGCAUUGCCUUGGCUCAUAAAGCCUCUUUAUGGGUUUAUCAGUGACUCUUUUCCACUUUUUGGUUACCGAAGAAGGUCCUACCUUGUUUUAUCGGGGCUUCUUGGGGCACUCUCAUGGUCUUUGAUGGCCACCUUUGUUGACAGCAAAUAUGACGCUGCAUUUUGUAUUCUACUUGGAUCUCUUUCUGUAGCAUUCUCAGAUGUUGUUGUAGAUUCCAUGGUUGUCGAAAGGGCCCGCGGUGAGUCACAAAUCACAUCUGGAUCUCUUCAAUCUUUAUGUUGGGGAUCUUCAGCAUUUGGGGGGAUUGUGAGUGCUUAUUUUAGUGGCUCCUUGGUCAAUGCUUAUGGUGUGAGGUUUGUUUUUGGUGUGACGGCAUUGCUUCCCUUGAUAACGUCUGCAGUUUCUGUUCUUGUUAAAGAACAACCUAUAUUGGGUACCGUGAAAGGAUAUGGUCUUUUUCCUGUUGGCACGAGCUUUCUUGAAAGCUCUAUACAGAAUAUGAUUCAGUUAUGGGGUGCUGUAAGGCAGCCAAAUGUGUUUUUGCCCACCUUAUUCCUUUUUGUGUGGCAAGCAACACCACAUUCAGAGUCCGCCAUGUUUUUCUUUACGACAAACAAACUUGGUUUCACUCCUGAAUUUUUAGGUCGUGUCAAGCUUGUUACUUCAAUUGCAUCUCUGUUAGGUGUUGGGCUGUAUAAUGGGUUUCUGAAGAAUGUUCCUCUGCGGAAGAUUUUUCUGGUGACAACAAUUAUAGGUUCAGCUCUCGGGAUGACACAGAUAUUUCUUGUUACUGGACUAAAUCGGCAGUUUGGUGUAAGUGAUGAAUGGUUUUCGAUUGGAGAUUCUCUGAUAAUAACUGUCCUUGCGCAGUAGUACCUCCCAACAAGAUUAAUCCAUUUGGAUCUUGGUCCAUGACAGUAGUCUCCACGUCUUUCAACGGCAAAGCAUUCUUUAUAGAUAGAGAUAGUAACCCAUAUGGAUUUGCAUCAUUACCUCCUCUGAUCGAUGAAUAACAAUCAUACAAAAUCACAUAGCAAGGAGAUCAUUCCCAUUACAAUGUUGGUCGCGGAACAAGAAGAUGGAGAGAGAACGAAGCAAGAAGGAAUUACCUCUCGAUUUAGGAAGGAAGGAGAGGAGAAGAUGGAGAGAGGGCGGUGAAAUUCCCUGCUGGUGCUCGUUCGUAACUUCGAACAGAGGACACAGGUCGAGAUUUGGGAAUGAAACAACAAACCCUAGCUUUUCGGGUGGGCUUGGAGAGAGUAUCCUGCUUCAACGGGUCGAGAUUUCAGAGGCAUUUGACCGAAGUUUCUCAGCCGUUGAUGUUCUGUCGGCCACGUGUCGACAGCACUACCCUCACUGCACUUCACCACAGAUCAUCUUCGCUGCAGAGGUUGUUUUUCCGUCUUUUCCCGUUUCCCAGUUCAUGCAUUCAUAUUCAUCUUCUUGGCCAGCUGCCUUCAAAAAAGUCUUGUUACAGUUUUAUUUCUCUGACCCUAGUGAUAUAUAUAUAUAUAUAUAUAUUUUUAAUGCUUACAAUUUCCCUUCCUGUCCCUAAACCCCCAACCCAGUACCCCAAGUUGAAGAUGGGAUUCAAUUUCAAUUCUCAGACAUGGCAACUACAGGCCACAGUCAUUUCCGGCUAGCUAGCCGACACCUUCAACCCUAGUAAAGAUCUUUUAUUAGUCUAGAAACUUUCUUGGGCAUUGUUUACUUAAACUAGGGAGUUUUGUUUUAUUUUUGUUCCGAGUCAGACUAAGAAGAGAAGGUGGUGCUGCACAAAUCUAAAUUAAUACAUAUUGGUGAAACCCAGAUAGUGAUUUCGUGCUUGCCUUGAUGUGGAUGUGGCAUCAAUCAUGAACUAGUUCCUCAUUUCAUCCUAUUGGUUUUGUUUGAUGCUUCCAGAUUCCAGUUCUCCAGGCUGUCUGACUCAGUCCCAUCUUUUCUCAUCAAACCUGUUAGGCAUUCAAGCUGUUUUCAGUAUCUCUCUUAAAAUCUUAUUUCAUUUCUCACCAAACUUAAAAUCUUGUCAUGGUUACAGAGUUUACAACUAAAGAGAACCAACUACUGUGCAGCCUGUUAUAGACAAUGCGAAGUAUUUUUUAUGUUUCUUUGUUUGGAAACUUCAAACAAGUGCACAUCAAUUCCUUUUUCUUGGGUCUUUAAAUUUCUUAAAACCCCACAUGCCUAUUUUGAUUCUAUGGAUACAUUUGGCCCAAAUUCUCAACACGUACAGACUUAGGCUCUCUUUGGCAUAGUUUAUGUUUAUGUUUAUUACCUAUUUAUUAUAAUCAAUUAUAAUAACAGACUAUGGACUAUAAACAAUAAUCGUUUGGUUGCUACUAGAUAUAAUAGAUUAUAUAAUAAAGAAUAGGUUUAGUAUGCGUAAUGUAGAAUAUAUUAUGUAACAUUGUUCAUUCUCAGUUGUAGACCAGGAUAUUUAGUUAGAACUUGGAAUUAACCAAAACCAACACAAAUUCCAGCUAAUCUAGAUUUGUCAAUCCAUAGGAUUUCUAGGGAUAGGGAGAGAGGCCAACCCAAUUGGUAGAGAGAGCUAAGUUUCUGACUCUUGUUUUACUCUUCUUCUUCAAGUUUUGAUCUACAUCAGAGAGAGAGAGAGAGAGACGAAGGUGCAGAAUCAUUGGAUGUUUUAACUUUUUUUUUUUUUUUUGGAAAACGUUGGAUGUUCCUAAUGGGUUUAACACUUUCACCAAAGGAUUGGACUCUAUUUGAAGGGAUUUUUAAAAAAAUAUGCCAAUUGACCUUUUACCCUAGUUUUGAGCCAUUAAAACAUGGGCUCGUUAAUGGUCUAGCGCAGAGCAAUAAUAAUCGCUUUAUCCCAAUAAAUCAUAAACACAUCUCUGCUUAUUUAUGAAUUUAUUGGUAUAUUGAUUUAUUUUAAUGAGAAAUAGGGGUCAUAAACCAUACCAAACGCCUCUAUUUAUGUUUAUCUGUCAGAUAAAUAUAAAUUUAAACUAUACCAAAGAGAGCCUUAGUCAAGAAUGUCUAUGUUUAGCUGUUUAAGGAUACGUAUGUUUAGCUGUAAUUAGUUUUCACACAAAUAGGAGAGACAAGAAGUUCCCUGCAAGUAUAUUUGUGUAGGUCCUGUGACAAGUUCAGAAAUAGAAAAACCAGUCCUUGCAUAGAGAAGAAGAAGAUGAGCUGAUUGAUUAGGGUAUGUUCAGUUCCCUACUUGAUAGCAAUAAGUACCUAUAACAAUAAAUCUUUCAGUAUAUGAGUAAUCACUCAUAUACCCUUUACAAAAAAAAAAAAAAACCACAAGAAUUCCAAAAAUGUCUCGUAUGGACUACAGUAGCUAUUACUUUAAUAGGUCCCAUGUGGUGCAAUUGGUGGAACAGUGGUUAAAAAAAAAAAAAAAGAGUUCAGAUAAGAAAAUUGGCUUCGAGGUACGCAAUUAAAUAUGCUUUCUUUAAAGCUCCCCCACACCCCACACCCCCACCCCCACCCCCACAA